AAUAUUUCAUUUGAUCCGACUCGAUGAUUUUAUAUAUAUAGUAGUACGUAUAUAACUUGACAAAUAUACGAUUAUUGUACGAUGACUUUUUUGGUUUUUUUUUUUUUUUGUUAGAUAUACACGCGUAAGGAAUUAUACUUGUAUAAUAACGAUUAUUACAGAAAUGGAUAAUAAUGCAAAGUGUAUGCACUUUUGUUGUAAGUAUUCCGCAUAUGUGAAUAGAAAAAAAAAGGCCGAAAGAAUAACAAGAAUAAUAAUAUGAUGAUCGAUUCCCCCCCCCCCCCACUCCAGCAGCAUCGCCUAGCAACAUCGAGAAACAAAGAGACAACGCACUACGCUGUGUUGUUGUUGUUGGUUGGUUGUUGGUGGUGUGGUGGUGGUGAUAGGUAGUAGCAGUAGAAGCUGGUGACGCAGCCGCCAGUCCGCCAGGCCAAGCGAAAAGAGAAACGUUGUUUUGAUAAACAACAAGGGAUCUUAACCUCAAAUGAACGCGGGCUGUCCAAAUACACUCUUCGCGAUUAGUGUCCAGUUGUAUCAAUUUUUUAUUUUUUCUUAUCAAGCAGUUCCUGUCUGGUUCGAUUUUUUAUUGGCUAGCUUCCGCGGCAGUAACAACAAUUGUUUUAUAACAUUAAUUGUGAUAGAAUUUUGAAGAAUGGGACCAAAAAAAAUGAAGGGUAAAACGAUGGACUCGGUCGAUGGAGUCGAUACUUCAAAAAUGAAUCGCGAACAACUCGAAAUAUAUUCUCACAAAAUUCUUGAGGAAUUGGAAAGGGAAAGGGAGGAGAGAAAUUUUUUCCAACUCGAGAGAGACAAACUUCGCACUUUUUGGGAAAUAACGAGAAACGAAUUGGAAGAGGCUCGUGCUGCGAUAAGGUUUUCGAGGAUUUUAUUUAAUAUUUCUAUGGAUUCUAUAUGGAUGCGAGGAGGAAAGAAGAAAGCGUAUAAUGAUGCUGGAAUUUAUUGGGAUUAUUUUUGUUGUCACGAGUUGAAAACUUGUAAUAAUCGGCGAGGGAUUCGGUUUUUCUACUUUUUCUCUUGUUGCUCGUAUUUCAGAAAUAAAGAUCGGGAAAAGGAAGAAUUGUCGGAAAAGCACGAAGCCGAGGUGAAGCUGCACAAGCAAAAUGUGAAGCAUUUGAUGUACGAACAUCAAACUAAUUUAUCGGAGACGAAAGCCGAGCACAUGGUGGCGCUUAAAUUGGCACAGGAUAAUUACAAUGCCCAAGAAAAUGAUUUGAUUAAGGAUAAAAGAGAAUUACGUAAAAUUCAAAGGGAAAAAGAAUUGGCUCGAAUCAACGAGAUUCGUGUUCUCAAAUUAGAAAGCGCGGAGGAAACGAGCGAGUUGAUAAAGAAAUUCGAAUCUGAGGCUAUGGAAUUGGAAAGAAAGUAUGAGCAAAAACUUGGUGCUCAGUACGAAACUCUGAUGUUGAAACAUCGCAUGGAAAUAACCGAAGUCGAAGAACGUAAAAAUAUGCAAAUAACAGCGCUGAUAAAGAAUCAUGAAAAAGCCUUUGCAGAAAUGAAAAAUUAUUAUAACGACAUUACUCUCAAUAAUUUGUCGCUUAUUAAGAGUUUAAAGGAAGAAAUGGAAGUGAUGAAAAAUCACGAAGAGAGAAUGAAGAAACAAGUUCGUGAGCUCACUGCGGAAAAUAAAAAAUUGUUCAACGAUUCAAAAACGGCCGCUGAUCGGGCCAACGAAUUUUCCCGUCAGCUUGCUAAUUAUGAGAAGGAUAAGCAGUGUCUAAGCAACAUGAAAAAACGUUUGGCAGUCGUGACGAAAGAUUUUGAAAAUUUGAAAUGGGAGAACGAGGUUAUCGAGCUUCGAUUUGAUAAAUGUCAGGCCGAACGUGACGAGCUUCAUUCAAGAUUUGUUUCAUCGAUUCUCGAGCUUCAACAAAAGACCGGCUUAAAGAACGUGCUCCUCGAAAAGAAAUUGGAAAAAUUGUCGGAUCUGUUGGAACAGAGGGAAGCCCAAAUAGGAGAAGUAUUGGCUGCUGCACAAUUGGAUCCAAUGGCAAUAGUUAACGUUAAUCAAAAGCUUGAGGAAAUGCUGAAUCGUAAAAAUAUAGCGAUACAAGAUCUGCAAUAUGAUUUGGCCAAAGUUUGCAAAGCCCACGACGAUUUAUUGGCGACUUACGAGGGCAAGUUGCAAGAAUACGGUAUACCCGAAUCGGAGCUGGGUUUUCAACCGCUCAGAGCAAAAAUUAUGGGAACUAAAGUAGCCCGAGGUCCCGCAGGACUUGUCACAUCGAAUCAAUAAGACGACAACUAUCAUAGCGUGUUAUAUUGUAUACCGUUUAUCCAUAUUAUUUUUCAUCGGUGUUCCUUAUUAUUACGCCUCGUUCCAUUCAUCGUAUACGAGUACUUAUUUUUUUUUUCUUCCAUUCACGAACGACGAAAUAAAUAAAACUUCACCAUUUGGACUUA